CACCACUCCGCUCUGCCGGCGCCGUCCUCGCUCGCGCUGUCUUGGCCUCGCGCCGAAGCCGCCGCAGCCAGGCGGCCGCGAGGCACGCCGCGGCAGCCAAGCAGCCCAGCACCCUGCACCUCUCCUCAUGCCCGUCCGCCUCCACUCCAUGGCGCCUUCGUCAUCGCUGUUCGGCUGUCGGCCGCCUGCGCCUCGUGUGCUCCUGACGAGUGUGUGUCGUCGACGAGCGCACGUCAUUGCAGCCUUCGCCGAGCUGGUCGGGCAUCGUCAACGACGUUGCGCCCGCUCAGGCCAUCUUCUCCUCCGCCGAGAGCGUGUCGUCGACCGGCAACGUCGAGGCCGCGAACGAGAGCAUCGCGACGACAGCCGCUCGACCAGCGCGAAGCCGUCGACUCUGCCCAGCGCGGCCUCAUCGCACGUCACGGUCGCCGGGAGGGCAGACUGCUGCCAGCCUGCAUGGAGCUGGACCUUCGAACACGCUGAACGCGGCAGCGCCAACGGCCAGCGUGUUCGUUAUUCAGGGCCAUGCAUGCCGGCAGCUGUCUCAUCUCAUCGCCGCCGCACGACGAUCUGCAACUCUCAACGGGCCUCAGCCCGACACGCAAGCAACAACGACGAGGUGCUGCGGCUCGAGACGAGGACGCCUUCUUCACCGUAGCGCGUAGCCUUUUCGCAAAGCCAUUGCGACGAGUCCUCACGCUGCGAUGUCGAAAGCGGCAUCAGUUCGAGCUGCAGGAUGCUCUGCCACGCAGCGCAGCUGCAUCAAGUUUCGUUGCUGUCUUCCUUCGACCGCCGAGGACGAUCAAGAACUCUCAGCGCG